UCCAGUGUAAACUGUGUCUGUGUGAAGGAAGCGGCAUAGAGCGGGGUUACUGCGCCGUGUGACUUCACUCCUCCAGGCUGACAGGACCACAGGUGGGCACAGGGCAUAGUGUACCCCGCGUUGUGUGCCGUGCUGCCCGCUCCUUCACUCUUCUUCCUCACAGCUGACAUGCCACCCAAGAGCCCCCGGAGAGGAGCCCCCAGCCGCCCCCAGGAGCAGCAGCGCAGCAGUGGAGGGGAAGAAAUUGGUGACCAAGAUUUUGCUGCGUUAUGUGAGAAACUAAAAAUAUCUUCUCUUGUGAGAUUGCGGGCCUGGCAGACAUAUGAGAAGAUGUCUUCAGAUAGGGCGCUGCAGGACACUCUACAGAAGACCGAAGCUUUGGGACUUUGCCUGUUUAUUGCCUCUGUCAACUUUGAUGACAUGACCUUCACGUUUACUGAACUUCUAAGGGCUUUAAAUAUAAGUGUCAGCAAAUGUUUUGGCCUUCUGAAUCAAAUUGAUAUGAACAUGGAUAAUCUGAGCACCAAAGUUGACAAUGCAGUCUCAAAGCUUAAGAAAAAAUUUGAAACAACAUGCCACUUGUACCAAAAGUUCCAGAGCACAUUUGACAACAUUUUUAUGGAACAGACAAAUAAUCAGACCACUGCAGAUUCGAAUAAGCUUUACAUUAUGAAAAGCUGUUGGAUCACCUUCAUUUUAGCUAAAGGGAAAGUUUUACAGAUGGACGAUGACUUGGUGAUCUCCUUCCAGUUGCUGCUGUGUGUGCUGGAAUUUUUUAUCAAGCGGUCCCCUUCAGAUGUUCUCAAGGAACCAUAUAAGAGUGCAGUGAAUGGGAUUUCUGUCAAUGGACCAACCCGUGCGUCCCGACGCGGUCAGAACAGGAAUACAUGGAUGUCACAGCCGUCUGAAACAGACACCAGGGUUAUAGAAGCUCUUUGUAAGGCCAACGAAUGUCCUGUUGAUGAGGUAAAAAAUGUCUUUGUCUCCAGCUUUGUUGACUUUCUGGACUCUGCUGGGAUUUCCUGUGUUGAUGGCCUCCCAAAGGUUGAUGUAAUUUCCCAACAAUAUGAAGAGCUUUAUCAGAAAAACAAAGACAUUGAUGAAAGGCUGUUUUUGGAAAAAGAAAACACUCUGAAGGUUGAUUACAGAGAAAGUUUGGAACAGGAGCGAACGCCUCAAAAGAAUAAUUUAGAAGAAGCUCCUCUUAUUCCUCCACAGACACCAGUCAGAGCUGCAAUGAACACUAUUAACCAGUUGAUGAAUAUUUUACAUUCAUCCAGUGACGAACCAUCAGAAAUUCUAAACUCGUACUUUAAGAACUGCACAGUAAAUCCAAAGACCAUGAUAACCGAGAGAGUGGAACGUUUGGGUCUAGUGUUUAAAAAAAGAUUUGCAAAUGCAUUUGGACAAGCCUUUGCAGAAAUUGGAUACCAGCGAUACAAGCUUGGGGUGCGUUUGCAUUACCGGAUCAUGGAAUCUAUGUUGAAAUCGGAACAAGAGCGCUUGUCGGUGCAGAACUUCAGCAGGUUGUUAAAUAAUGAUACUUUUCAUACAUGUCUGUUGGCUUGUGCUGUUGAAGUGGUCGUGGCUACUUACAGAAGAAACCUUUUUCAAAGUUUGUCAAAUUCAGAAAGUGCCAUAUCCUUCCCAUGGAUUCUCAGUGUCUUUCAACAGAAAGCAUUUGACUUUUUCAAGGUGAUCGAGAGCUUUAUUAAAGCCGAACCAAGUCUAACGAAAGACAUGAUCAAACACCUUGAGCGCUGUGAACACAUGAUCAUGGAGUGCUUGGCCUGGCAAUCAAAUUCUCCUUUGUUUGAUCUGAUCAGACAAACUAGAGAUCGGGAGGGAACAGAUCACCCUGAAAUACCAAGCACAGUACCACAGCCGUCACAACACAAUCCUACUGCAGCCGAUCUCUACCUCUCACCUACGAGAAAUGUGCACAAGUGUGCUGCCCCUAGUGUCCACGUAACAUCCAGUACAAAUGGGCAGAGCGCACCUGCUUCCCAGCCCCAGCAGAGAUCUACCUCACUUUCCGUUUUUUAUAAAAAAGUGUACCGUCUGGCUUACCUCAGGCUGCAGAGCCUAUGCAACAGUCUCUUACAUGACCAUCCAGAAUUUGAGCAAAUCAUCUGGACACUCUUCCAACAUACCUUACAACACGAAUAUGAACUGAUGAAGGACAGACACUUAGACCAGAUUAUGAUGUGUUCCAUGUAUGGCAUUUGCAAAGCUAAAAACAUUGAUCUCAGGUUUAAGACCAUUGUGACGGCGUACAAAAAGCUAACGAACACAAACCAAGAGACGUUCAAGCAUGUGUUAAUCCGCGAAGGACAGCAUGACUCUAUCAUCGUCUUCUAUAACCUGGUCUUCAUGCAGAAACUAAAAACUAACAUUUUGCAGUAUGCAUCCCCAAGGCCCCCAACCUUAUCCCCAAUUCCUCAAAUCCCACGAAGUCCCUAUAGAUUUCCAAAUUCUCCUUUAAAGGUUCCUGUGGGAAAUAACAUCACUGUUUCCCCUUUAAGAAGUCCAUACAAAUCAUCUGAUGGACUGCUUUCACCAACAAAGCUCACUCCAAGAACUAGAAUCUUGGUGUCCAUUGGUGAAUCAUUUGGGGCAUCAGAGAAGUUUCAGAAAAUCAAUCAGAUGUUGAGCAGCACAGAACGACCCAUAAAGAGAUAUGCAGAUGGUACUGCCCCAAAACCACUAAAGAAGCUUCGCUUUGAUGGUCAUGAUGAAGCAGAUGGAAGCAAAACUCUUUCUGCCGAAUCAAAAUUCCAACAAAAACUUGAAGAAAUGAAAUCUACAAGGUCAAGAAUACAGAGGCAAAAGUCAGAGGAGUUCUCAGACUCAACGACAGAAGACUCUAUAAAGAAGGAAGACUAGUGGGAAAUAAUCUUGAAACCCCAUUACGCUUACUAGUGUACUCCAGCUCAUUAUUUUCUUUCCUGGAAACGUCAUUCUACAUGUUAAUACCUAUUUUUUAAACUAUUACUUGACUAUUACAGUUUUCAGAAGUAGUUUUGCAGAAGAGUAGUUUAUAAGAUGGUGGUAACCUACAACCUGCCCCGACACAACCAGAAUAUUAGAACUCCUUAAAGGGGUAAUCCCACAAAUUAAAACUAUUUUUAGGCCUCAUGCACAGUCCGCAAAACAAGUAUUUUAUUUCUGUGUUUUGCGGACUGUAUGUGAAACCACUCAUUUCAUUGGAGCUGCAAAAAAAAAAAAAAACUGAAAAUACUCAGUGUGCAUCCAGUCUCCAUAUGUCCGUUCUGCAAAAAAAAUUAAAAAUAGAACAUGUCCUAUUAUUGUCCACGUUACGCACUAGGAUGGAACUGUUCCAUCAGGGGCCAGCUGUUCCAUUCCGCAAAAUACGGAAUGCACACGGACAUCAUCCAUAUUUUUUGCGGACCGCAAAAUACAUACGGUCGUGUGAAUGAGCCCUUACGCUGGGUUCACACCUGA